AUGGGGCUGGUGCUCAGAGACAGCACGCCGAAUUUUCGGGGCAGGACAAUGCCUUUGAUAGGUCCUACUGGGGCAGGAAAAACGACUCUCUUCAACAAGCUCACCGGCAGCACGGAAGAAACUUCUGGCGGGCGCCUGACGCAGACGCAGCACAAUGUUUCCCAUCCAGGUCUGGAACCAGCUCAGGGUCUCUCUAUCAUCGACACUCCGGGCUAUGCCUCCGAAGGAAUGACGUUCGAUCAUGCGUUUGAGCUCCGGAAGGCCUUGACGACUGGGGAGGUGGCGCAAAUCGUGGUUGUGCAGGACCUGGGCAACUCCCGGCAGGACAAUCUCAUGACUAUGCUGGCCCCCAUCAACGACAUCAUGAGCUGCGACACCUUCUACUUGGAUCGCUACGGUAGGGACUCAAGAAACACAGGCUGUACUCGCUCUCCGUACAGGACUCGUGUGUUCCUCGUGUUCACGAAGCGGGAUCUCUUCCAGCUGCAGCGUGACGUCGCAGAGUGGACAAAGUACAUCAGGUUUGCCCGGGCAAGGUUCCCCUGGAUAGGCCCUGUCGCAUUGAUCGACAAGAAUGUUUCGACAGAGUGGCUUCAGAGGACUGUCGUGGCGUGCGCUGGCUACGAGCCACUCAGUUGCCACAGCUACACAAUCCCCAUGCCCGACUUCCUGGCGAGCUUCCCAAUACCUUUCAUGCUGACUCAAGCAGAGCAGAAUGAGCUGCAGCCCUUCAGUUCACAGCUCAAGAAUGACUUCAAUGAGGCCCUUCGUUCUAUGGAUGGUUCCUUCAUGCACGAUUUGCAGCGUUCUCUACUUGAUAAAGGGCCCCAGCCGUCUUCGUCUUCUGUUCUUGAUUGCCUUGCCCACUUUUUGGAUGAUCUCUUCGAUGACGCAGUCUGGAGGUGUGUCGGGCAAAUUCUGAAGUUGCCGGCCGAUGAGCUGUGGAACACCAUUGAUCCAGCAAUGCUCAAUUUUAGGGUGGAGAAGUGGAACGGUGUCAGAGCGGCCCUUGCAAAAGACUACGUGUCAAUGAGGGCUGCGCUGCGGCAGCGCUAUCCAGAAGGAGCUGAGGCCGUGUACAAGCGAUGUAACCACUGCAGGCUGAUCUAUGUGAAGCCUAUAGGCUGUAAUGAUUGGACUACUUGCGGAGCACCAGUUCAUGGCAGCGAUGUGAUGAGUUUCCAUUAUUGCUACGACCCAUCGGCGAGGCUGAAGUUCCAAGUCAAGCAAAAGACUCGUGCAGCCAACAGGUCACAGUUUGAGGAGCAAGCUGUUACCAGGCGCGAUCGUCUCAGAAGCGUAGUUAAAGAUCUUUGUGUCGCAUGGAUCUAUGGCUCGGGAGCUGACGACCCUAACAGAGCCAGGGACAGCGCUUCCAGCGAACCUGCGCCUUCCCACGGAAGGGGCUGUGGCAAAAGCAUCUCUUGGCGUUCCAUGCCUGCCGUCCCUCAAAAAGAGCUUCAAGAGCUAGGGCUUCUCCCCAUGCUGAAAUACGAGACCAGCCACAUGCUUAACAGCCUUGGGUUGGGUGUUCGUGCAGUUGAGCCAUGGCUCCGCAGGCAUGGUCUCGGAGCCUAUGCCCCAAAGUUCCGGGAGAAUGCUGUGACGUUGAAUGUUUUGCAACAGCUGACCGAGCAGCAGCUCCGAACUGACUUUGAGAUGACCAAUGUCUUCCAUAUCCGUACGUUCAUAGAACAGAGAAGAUACCUUCUCAAGAGGGUGAACUCAGAGAGCCUGAGAAUUGAGGCUGUUGACGAUUGGCUGCACAUGAUGGGGCUUUCGCAAUACGUUUCGAGGUUUGCUGCACAAGGCCUUGACCAUGUCUCGAUGCUCAAGAUGGUGACCCCAGAUGAAUGUCGAACUACGUUUGGGAUGGUUAAUGAGUACCAUGUGAUGACGUAUCAAGCAGAGAAGGUGUUGCUCGAUGACGACGACGGGUCUGCGAUACAGCUUGGAGAAGCCGUUCCUAGGCGCGCGGAAGCAGGAACGCUGCAGACAGCUUUCGAUGAUGUGCAGACGCGGACAGAGUCUGUGGAAGCAGGGACUCUGCAGACGGCUUUAGCUGAUGUGCGGACCGAGCUUGAGAUGAUGAACGAGUCCGAGUACCACAUUGUGCCGAACUCAACAGAGUCCCUGCUGCUCGGCGCUGUGAGGCGGCGUGAAACCAGUGGCCGCAGUUCUAUGCCAGCACAAACUUUGCCUGAUGCAGUACCCAGGCGUAACAACUGUAAUCUCAUGUGA